AAAGUAAGUAAAUUGUUUUUGUAGGAAAACCAACCACAUAAUAACAAGAGAAAAAUCAAUGAAAAUGUUUAUUUUUGUGGAUUUAUUGUAUUGGUACUAGACACACAAAGUAUGGAUAACUUGAACAUUUAUAUUCGUUUUUCAUUGUUUUUGUUCUGGUUAUAAAGUGUUUAAAUGGGUAAACCUGGCUUUCCUUCCACAAACGAUAUUUCUUGUUCUGACGGGAUUCCAGAAGAGAAUUUAAUCGUCAAUCACCAAGAUAAUACUUACAAAUCGAAUGUCGACGGAAGGCGUGAAUACAAAUACAAACUAUACGCGUUUGUUAUCAUAGCAUUGCUACAGAUUUUCAUAAACUAUGACAAUGGAGCGGUUCCGGUCAUGCUCAACUGGAUUCAGGAACCGUAUAACUUUAGUAGUACUGAGCUGGGAUUAAUGGGCUCUCUUCCUUACGUGGGAUACCUUAUUAUAUCUCCAUUUGUUUCACACAUACUAUUUAACUAUAGUACAAAAAACUCAAUAGCAUUUUCACUAGCAUUUAACUUGAUAUCAUUGGCUAUAUUUGCUCUUGCCGUAAACAAGUAUAUGUUUUUCGUUUCUAAAUUUUGUAUUGGCGCCUCUCAGGCAUUAUUUUUUGUAUACUACCCUAUAUGGGUAGAUACCUUCGCUCCCAAAUUUCACAGGAAUCUCUGGAUGUCAAUAAUUCAAGGAGGAAUAGUAAUUGGAAUGACAUCUGGAUAUAUUGUUACUUCACUAUUUUCAUUCUUGGGUGAUAGAGGUUGGAGAUACAGUAUGCUCACUCAGGUUGUAUGUGAAUUAAUUUUAGUAGUUUUGUUCUAUUUUAUCCCAAAGAAGUUUGUUAACUUUGAUCCCUCCAGGGAUGAACAAGUGGAUUUCGACCUUUGCACUUGUAACAAAUCUGCUUUGUUAUCUGAUUUAAACGAAAAUUUCGGUAACUUACCUGCGAUUUCAGAAUUUAGCCCUAAAUUGUCGACUGAUUCUAAAUCAAAUCUCUUGGAAAACAAAGUUGAUCUUCCUGAGAUUUACAUGGAUUCAAAUAAAUCACACAUUAGUAGUUUAAAUUCUUGUUCAGAGUGUGAAGGCAGCGUGGGAAACGUUAAUGUUAAAAAAACACGAAAUCCUAUUUACUACCUGGAGAAUAUUGCCGGAAGUAGUGUUGAAUUUAAUUUAAAGCGUUGCAAGAGUUUAGACAUAAUUUCAAAGGUGUCAUCAAUGGGGAUGAGUAACAAUGAACUUAUUUCUAGAAUUUACUCGACCCUCGAUAAUUCCACAAAUAAACCUGAAUAUUCCAAAUGCAGUAAAUGUUUCAUAAACAAUGUUAAGUUAUAUCAAGAAACAAUGAGUGUGAAAAACCUCUCUCCAUGGUCGAAAUUUAAAAUGCUGAUUAAAGAGAACAUAUUUAUUCUAACUUGUGUCGCUAUUUCAACAAUAUAUUUUGAGGUUACGGGAAUUCAUUUUUGGAUGACAAAAAUAGGUGUAAGUCAUUUAAAAGUUAAGGAAAAAGUUUUCCACGUUAUUUUUUCAAUAGAAAUUAUAACAGGUCCUGUGAUCGGAAUCGUUACCGGAUCACACCUAAUUGACCAAAUUAUUUAUCAUUAUCCUGAACAUCCACUUCUGGUUGAUAUUGCCCUCAUCAUCUACGCAACGUUUGCUAUAAUAUCUGGGAUUAUACUCGUCGUCGUUCAAAACCCAAUGACAUUUUCAGUUUGUAUUUUUAUAAUACUUUUUACUGGAGCUUCCAUAGUUCCGACUUUAUCAUUACAAUCGAUUGCCUAUCUUCCGUACAAUCUUAAGCCGGCAGGAGCUUCUUUCUUCAUGUGCCAAUAUCAAAUUUUCGGGUUUAUGUUCGGAACCAUUAUGCCGGGAAUAGCAAUUGAUACCUUCAACAAUUACAGUGCCUCUCUAAUAAUCAUUUAUCUUUCGGGCUUCAUAGGAUUGAUAUCUUUGGUGUUGAUUUUAUACGUCAAAUGGAAUCUAAUAAGAAAAUCAUCUAAAAGCGUAAAGCCUAUCAAUAUUAAAGGAGCAAUUGUAUUAUAGUUAAUCCUCAGAGUUAAAAUAUGUAAAUUAAACCACAAUAUCUAAUUUUAAGUUAGUUUGUAAUUCCAACGAGAUAAUAAAAUCACGUUAAGCACACAAUUUAUUAAACUAAUAUCGUUUCCCCUAAGGGAUAAAAUUAUAAUUUUAUAAAUGAAG